ACUACCGAACCAGGGAAGAAAAAGAAGAGAGGAGAGAAAGGGAAGCGAACGCGCAAAUACAUGCAUACAAUGAUAGCAGAAAUUGGUGCCGCCGACAAUCCCAAGGCCAGCUAUCCCUAUCCCCAAGCAGCUGUGAUCUGCCCGGACUCACCGGUUUCAUCCGCCCCGGACUACGGCGUCGGACAGCUGUUCAUACGUAGCGCCUCGUACAGGAGGGACCCACAUACGUCCGCGGGGAGUAUCAACCCAGACGAGAGCUCCAUCAAGCCGCUGGUAUCCUCCGCUAUUACAAACGGCUAUAUCAUGACCUCUGAGGAAUUCAUGCAGACUGCUCCCCUGUUCGGCCAGAGGUCCAAGAGAAACGUUCUCUACAAGAUCCUGUGUUUCCUCAUUCUGAUAUUCCAAGGAGGCGUUCUAGAUUUCUACCUCAUUAUCUUCACGGAUCUGUACUGGUGCUCGUGGAUCGCCACGGAUCUGGUGGUGAUUUCUGGCUGGGGGAUCUUCUUCAUGAAGAACGCCAGGAGCAAGAGAGAGCGGGCGUGUGGGUUCCACCAAAAGAACUCUAUAUUCGUGAACCUCGGCGAGUUUACCUACGCCUCGGCCUGGUUAAUCUACGUGAUCGCCUGCACCCCUAAAAUAGUCCUCAUUCUAGAGACUUCGAUAUAGAUCUCAUCGCGCUCAAAGUUCCGUUCGGUUGAUAACCGGCCGUUGUUUAAGAUUAUCAUGUCGCUCUCGCUCCCGUUACUCUACUGUCUCAUCAAUUCUAUCACCGAGGACCAGAACGGAGCUACGCGCCACCGGUCCCAAAGCUGCUUCAUGACCACKUGUCUGGACCUCGUAGACUGCUUUACCCUGGUGGAGUUGRWUCUGAGGAACGAGAUACCGACGGUCUAUUUAAAAUACACGGUCAUCUCGGUGUAUUUCAUCGCCCUGGGCGUCCCGGUGGUGUGGUUGUACGAGUUGACCGCCUCCGAGAUGCGCUGUCGCUGGGUCUGGGCUKGGUUCCUGACCGGUGUGUUGGUCAACGCUCCUCUUCUGGUGGUGCGGUGCUUCCAGGUGUAUGUUCACAAGAUGCCCGUCUCYGUGUUCAUGUUCAAGAAUAUGUUCUUCUUGGCCUGUAAGUGUCUGGAGCUGAUAGAACAGUGUUUCACYGUGCGGGGAGUCAGGAGGUUCGGUGAGGGYCGCAACCCGGCYCAGUUCUCUCACUGUGUCUCAGAGAACGAUAUGUGUCCCCAUGGAUACGUUAACACCCUGGCCGUUACCACGCAGUCAUAGGCCCGGCUUGGAUCUCACCCUGGCCGUCACUACCUKGACCUWAAACGGCCUGGAUUUUAUUUUAUCCCCACUGGAGGGUGGAAGGCACAUGAGUGAUUGAUGCUGAAGGAAGAAUUUUGAGGWCCAGGACAGGGAUARGCCCUAAAACGGCACCCUAUGCCCUAUAUAGUGCACUACUUUUGACCAGGGCUCAUAGGGUUCUGAUCAAAAGGAGUGCACUAUAUAGGGAAUAGGGUGCCAAUGAGGAUGCACAGGUGUCAAUCAACGACAGCCUUAUUUUGACAUUUAUUCAGAUGUCAGAAGAACAUUUGAUAACAACAGGUGCUACAGAAUCAUUAUGCAUCAACUACACCUGCUUAAGACCUGGCAGACCUGGCAGACCUGGCCAACCUGGCAGACCUGGCCAGACGGAUUCCUCUAAUGCCUUGUCGGGGGUAUCGUUGUGAAGUAGUGGUGGUGGUGGUUGAUCAGUGGGGUUUGUGAAUUGAAAUCAUUGACUUUCACUUUGUAUUGUUGGGGGGGGGAACUUUAGAAGAAUGAGAAUCGUUUUGUUGAUUUGAUUUGAUUUGAAUGAGUUUGACAAAAGUGCAAGAAAGAUUGUUGUUUUGAAAUGGAGUCUUGGACAUGGUGUCGAUGUAAAGUCCUGUUUUACAUUGGUCAAGUCUUGUCUCCCAAUCUGUGAAACUUCCCAGUAGCAUUUCCUAAUCAAUGAAUAGAUGGAAACCGUGUGGUCAUUUAGAUACCUAAUUAGUGUGUAAUUGCGGUAUACGUAAUGAUUCCAAUGUUUAAUCAUGUCCUCUCAUUUCCUAAACUAUUUGGGGGGAAUAUAUCAUGUUAUCAAUAUAAAUCAAUUGAUAUUUCUUAAGAAUUGGAAAUCACUAUGUGUAUUUUACUGUAUGCUUUGAAGUCCCACCAA